AUGCGAGCAGGUACCAGCAAAGGUCUGUUCUUGCACAAACGCGACCUUCCUGCGAAGCAAGAACAAUGGAGUCCGAUCAUCCUUGCGGCGAUGGGAUCCGCAGAUUCUGACCCGAGACAACUCAACGGGAUAGCUGGAGCAACAAGCACGACAUCAAAAGUGGCAGUCGUGGCUGCAUCGAGCAAGUCUGGUAUUGACAUCGAAUACACCUUUAUCCAGGUCUCUAUCGGUAGCCCUCAGCUUGACUUCACGGGCAAUUGCGGGAACAUCGCGUCAGGUGUUGGGCCAUUCGCAAUCGAUGAAGGGCUUGUGCAGGUUCCACCCGGAAAAGAGACGAUUGACGUACGAAUUCUGAACACAAACACUGGCCGAGUGCUUGUGGAAACCUUGGAGAUCGAUCGGAUGGGUCAUUUCGCAGAAGAUGGCGACUACAAUCUUCCGGGCACCUUUUCGACCGGUAGUACCAUUGGUGUCGCUUUCGAGAAACCAGCAGGCGCAAUGACAGGAUCACUGUUGCCUUCGGGCAAUGCUAUCGACUCGUUGUGCAUCCCCGGCACGAUCGGACGGCCAGCAUGUGUGGUGCAGGCAAGCUUAAUAGACGCGGCCAAUCCAUUUGUGUUGGUCGAAGCUUCCUCAUUGCCUGCAGUCCUGCACGGCAAAGAUCCCCACUCGUCGUUUUAUCUGGAUUUUGUAGAAGACGUGCGUCGACAAGGCGCCGUUGCGAUGGGCCUGGCGAGGGAUGUGCAGGAGGCUGCAAAGACACGCGGGACUCCCAAGAUUGCAAUCCUGUCGGCUGCGAACGAUCCGAAAACCGACCUCGAAGUGACGGCUUUCAGUAUGGGGAAAGUCCACGGGUCAUUGCAAUUGACCGGAGCGGUUUGCUUGAGCACAGCAGUAUGUACUACAGGGACGGUAGCCAAUCGUCUAUUGGCAACCAGAUAUCAAUCGGCGACUCAAGUGAGGAACAACUGCUUCGUUGACCUCGGCACCUCAGAGCGAAACGUGACGAUACGACAUCCCAGCGGCACAAUUAGUGCUGAGGUCAGGGUGCAUGGCGGCGAGGUCGCCACUGUAAGAUUGGUGCGAACAGCACGGCGCCUCUUUGAAGGAAACGUCUGCUUCAUAGCCUGA